AUGAAGCCAGAACACAAAGAUGCAGAUGCAGUUGUUCGCACCUGUUCAUAUCAUCGACUGGACUUCGGCGCUGUCAUGGUCCGUUCUCGUCCCUAUGUCACCGAAGCCGUCCAAGACUCGCUCCAAGCAUCCUUCGAGAUCCCACCAUCAUCGGGACUUGGCGACAUGCAUUGCCUACCUGCAGAACUGAUGACAAUGGUUCUCGAAAACUUGGACAUUCUCUCAUACUUUCGAUUUCGUCGAGUUAAUCGAUAUGCUCGCAUUCUCUCAACAUCGCCACGAGAAUAUCAGCUGGUUGCCAAAUACGGGGUGGAGGGACUGAGAGCCAUGCUCCGCAGUGACUGUGCUCGUAGGUUCACUAUCAUGGGUCUAUACCGCGUUCUUACUUCCCAGAGCUGCGCUCAAUGCGGAAAGUUUGGGGGCUACCUCUUCCUCUUGACAGCCACGCGGUGCUGCUUUCCCUGUCUCCAAGCCUCACAAAAUCUGCGUGUCAUAUCUACCACCAAUUUUGCGAAUAGGGCGGGGAUAUCUACAUACAAACUAAGUGUGUCAUAUCGGUCAACAUUGCGAACUGUGUCUGGCUGUUAUUCCAAUUCAGGCGCACAAGCUAAACGGCCUAAAAAACUCAUACUCUUGUCGGAGGCUGUAGCAGCACUGGACGGGCAGGGCAUCCUCAAGAAGUAUUCAGGCAGAAAUCCACUGAGGGGAUAUCGGGAUGGUGAACACGAGCAGCGUUUUAUGGCAGCUACUCAAUUUCCAUGGUACAACGCGAGUACGGGCAAGGCAGAACAUGGUCUCAGCUGCAAAGGGUGUUAUGUCCGUCUUACGACAAGGCAUAGGGACUUUGAUAACCAUUCGGCGCUUUCUGCAGCGGAAUUCCUGGUUCAUUUUGCAACUUGUGUUGAAGCGCAGGAUAUAUGGGCUAAGAGCCAGCAAGGGACGGUGCCCGUCGAGGACUCUGAUGGCAAUGGCGUCUCCACGCAUAAUUUCUAUGGACUUCUCCAUACCGGAAGGGACGACUGUUACUUCCGCAUCCUGGCAGGAACCAACGUCAAGUACAUCACCAUCAAAGCCGGCGCUCUCGAUGGGGAAUCAUUAAUGGACAUGCCGUUGGACUUCCAGAACAUCAUCCCGCCACUGCCAUACGAUAAGGACGACUGGAACUCUGCAUACAUCACUCGUAUCGCUGCCACCGGCGAGUUGGAACCAGCGCUGUCUCAAACUACGCUACCUAGAGUGCAAACAGUCUGGCAUCCAAAGAUGAUCAACUUUUUAGACCUUGAGAGGACCAAACUACUCAGCUUGCUAGCUCAAGAGUGCAAAUGGAAGCAAGGCUCGGCGGAAAUUGAAACACGGGACCAGAAAACUAUGAUAGCGAAGAUGGCUCGAUUCCCCUGGGAAAUCCAGUACAUCGAAGCAGAGACACGAAUAUACCAACUCUUACAACCUCUACAGAUCACACCAACGUUCCUCGGGCACAUCCACGAAGCGGACAGAGUCAUCGGCGUCCUUCUCGAGAAAGUCGAAGGACGACCCGCCAACUCGGGUGACUUGGAAAUCUGCAAAGCGGCCUUGCAGCGCCUUCAUGACUUGAGGAUUUUGCAUGGAGAUUGCAAUCGCCACAAUUUCAUCAUCAGUGCGGAUGAGAAAGUUACGCUCAUUGAUUUCGACAACGCCAAGGUGGAUGCAGAUGCCGAGAUGAUGGAGAAGGAAAUGGCAAGUUUAGAAGAGCAGUUGCGGGAGGAAACUGGCCGGGGCGAGGGAUUUAUACAAGUAGAGAGUGAUGAUGAGAAUCCUGAUGUAAGAUUAAUACCUCUACACAACAAAAAUAUAUCCCACUCGACGUAA